GGUUGUUCUCAUUGUGCCACAGCCUGGAAACCUCUGGGACUUUCUUUGCAGGUCACGUCGCAAGAGGACACAAUGAAGAUUGUAACAUGUCCUCUUUUACUUCUCUUCUUUUUCUCUGAAGUCAAAUGUGUUAAAGCAUCGUCCUGGACCAUAGAGGUGCCGUCUUCAGUGAAAGGCCUCCCUGGAUCUUGUGUGGUGAUUCCCUGCUCGUUUAACUAUCCCGAUCCUCAGAAGGCCAUCGGUGAAUUCACCGGGAUUUGGUUGGAGGCAGCAAAUCAUCUCAUCUAUCAUCCCUUGGGCUCGAGUACAAUGCAGGAGUAUCACGGUCGAACCGAACUGGUGGGAGACGUCAGACAGAAGAACUGCUCGCUAAAGAUUGAUCCUCUUCAACCAAGCGACAAAGGCCCUUUUCAUUUCAGGGUUGAGAUGAAAGACUAUGAAAAGUUCUCCUACAAAGACAACACUGUCUCCAUAAGUAUGACACACACACUCAGUCCUGUCAAUUUAACUGUGACAGAAAACACGGAUCAUCCAACUGUGACUGCUUCCUGUUCUGUCACUCACUCAUGCCCCACCUCUCCUCCGGUCUUCUUCUGGAGUCACUCUGGACGUCAACAUUAUCAGACGCAACCACUGGAGAAUGGCCAAUGGCAAGCGACGUCCACACUGACUUUACUUCCUGCCCAUGCUAGUAACAACACGCAUUUGCAGUGCCACGUCAAAUUCAAAGGAGGCCAGCAUCAGGACGCAUCCAAGAUCAUAAACGUGAAAUAUGCCCCCAUGAACGUUGACGUUGACUACAACGCCAACGUGAAGGAGGGAGGGGCCGUGCGUCUGAAGUGCACCUGCGAUGCCAACCCUCCCGCCAGCAGCUACGAGUGGCAUAACGACCACGGUGCCCAGCUGCACAAGGGCAGCGUCUACAUUCUGACAAAUGUCUCCAGACACACGGGCGCCCUGUACUGUGUUGCCAUCAACCCCAUGGGAAAAGCAACAUCAUCACCUGUGCAGCUUGAUGUGACACAUGCUCCUGAGAUUAAGAGUGUCUCAGUCUGCUCGUCCGAGGGGGAGAUGGUGAAGUGUGUGUGCAUUGCAGAGUCCAGACCACCCAGCAGCGUCCACUUCCUCCUGCCUAACACGAUCCUUCCGAGGCCCGACGUAGAGCGGCACGAUUCCGUUACCAUCGGCACGCUGCAGGCUUUGCUUCCUUCUUCUGAAUUCAUCUACUGCGUGGCUAACAACACCGUAGGCAGCGCCAGCGCCGCCAUCACGUUACCUGUUCACAGCAAGAUGCUGUAUCUUUAUAUUACUAUUGCAGCUGGAGCUCUUGUGAUGGUGGCAAUUGUCUUCAUAGUGAUUGUAAAAAACAGGACCAGAUCGAGGGACGUGCCUACCACAGAUCCUCUACAUAAACCUGGGAAGUCCCUUCAAACUGUCGCAGCAGCGAGGAAAAACAUCAAUGUUGGUCCAAAUCCCAGCAACAUGUACAGUGAUCAUACUUAUGGCAACAUGAAUGAGGCUGAGUGGACUAUAGACUGUGAUCCAGUUUACGACAAUGUGUAAAAUGGACCUGAAGGAAAGAACACGCACAUAGUGUCACUGCAGGUUUUCUGCUUGUGUUGUUGUAUGUUUGUACAAAUGUUAGUACUGUUUAAUAUUUUCAGUGCUGGUAACACUGUGGUUUUUUUUUUUUUAGUGUUUGUGAAUAUCCCUGUGAUUGGUGCACUUAUGUGUAGGUUGUACAGCACCGCUAACAAUCCAA